CAUCAUCGAUGAUAGUAUUAGUUUUAGGCAAUAAUAAAGCUCAUGACGCAUAUAUGCGUCGUCGGUAACCAAAGGGUUAAUAGAUCGAAAUAUCGAAUUAUAAUUUUAAUGUUUUAGUUUUAAUUGUUUAAUUUUUAUUUUUAUUAUUUGAUUAAAACUUUUUAUUAAAAUUCUUAAUAUGAUAGCCGCAUUAGUUUUAAAAUUUUUAUUCUUAACUUUGCCCGUAAACUCGAAAAACGUUUUUGUUCUGAAUCUUCGAUCAAUAUUUGGAAUUUGAAUCUCGUAUUUAAAUUUCUUCGCUUGAAGUGGACAUAGAGAUAUAUCGUUAUCAAUUGGUGACUCCCACGUUUUUAAAUAUAUAUCAACAAAAGAAUGGAUCGAUAAUUCUGAUUUUGAUUCCGAUACGAUAAAUUUGGAAAAUACAACAACAACAAUAACAUUACCAUCGUCAGAACAAGAACCGAGACGAGAAAUUUUCAUUGAGAAUAAAGAAAUUUUACAGGGGUGUGAAGUCAUUUCAGACUGUGAAAUCAUAUCAAAUAAAGAAUGUUUCGACGAUGAAUUAUCCGAAAAUCAACAACAACCCACUUCUCAACCAACAGCUUUUACAGUUGUGAUUCCACCACCAUCAUCGCCUAGAACAUCUCUAUUGUUUAAUGGUUAUAAUUCGAAAGCGUAUAAAACUGUAGUCGAAGAAGUACAACACCACUAUCAUAGAAAAAAUAAGGGACAACAAGAAAAGAAAUUUGAAUACGAGAUUCAAGAUUCAGAACAAAGUGAUUUACCGCUAUAUGAAUCAAGAUGGUGCCAAAAAACAUUAACACAUAGCAAUGACAACAGGAACACUGAUCAAUUUGAAUUAGUUUGGCAUGCUGAAUCACGUCGUAAUGCCCAACAAUGGAUUAAUUACGAUGAUGAGCAAAAUCAAGUUAAAUUUCUUACAGCUGAUAUAAUAUUUGAUCAACUAUUACAAGAAAUGUUAAAUUCGUGUAUAAAUACAAUUAAAGGAAGUAUGAAUUCAACAAAAUUGUCUACUGUUUAAUAUGUAGAUUCACAUUGUCAAUGUUUUUUACGUAUAUUUUUUCGACAACCAUCAGUUAUUCCGUCCGUUGUGGUCUGCUUUACACGCAGCUCUUAUGCCCAUUUUAUUUAUGUAUUUUUCUAGCUAGUAUUCCUGCAUUGAUUAAAAUUCUGCGAGUGUUACGAGAAAGAGGUAUAAAAAAUUGAAAAAAAAUGUUUCUGAAUGUGUUCAUUCGUAUGUGUGUUGAAAACUGUACUACUUCUCAAACUUUUACACUCUGAAACUUUAGAACGCUAGAGUAAUACUGCCUGCUAAAACUAACCUACUUCGAACUUCAAAUAAAUAAUCUUUAGUCAUUUCGACUUUGUGAACUCAAGUUGAAUCGGAUAGUUCUAAGCAACAGUUCGACAGCACGUCGAAAACUGAACAAAAUGGCUGAUUUCGAACUACUCUCCGUUUCAAAAUGGUUGGCACUCGGUUGCUUUUUGAAUAACUUUUGAUAGGAAUGAGAUAGAGACCUGCGAUUUUCGCUGUUCAAUAGCCAAGACUUGAGCAGAACUUUCCACGAGCGGAAGC